CUUGCUCAUCCAUAUUUUGUCGACGAUGACUUCCUUGACAGAUGUAUGUCUUUCAUUAACAAGCAAUUCCCUUCAAUUUAUACCUUUCGUUUCUAUUUCUAAUCUCCAUCUAGCUUUGACUCCAAUCCAAAAUGGUCUCUCUUGUUGCUAACUCCUCCCAAGUCUCCUCUCCCGCCACCACUCUUCCUCCUCGACCAACAUCGUCUUCCCCAGACGCUACAGCCAAGGAAGUUAACCCUCUGAACCCCAACAACUUGAAGCCAUGUUGCGCCUGCCCGGAGACCAAGCAAGCUAGGGAUGACUGUUUCAUCAAGUCUGCACCUGGAGAGGGCGAAACGAACUGCAGGGACUUUAUUGAAGCUCACAAGGCUUGUAUGAGGGGUUACGGCUUUAAGGUUUAAGUAGCCUUUUGUCGCCUUUUGGGAUUAGAUUACAGAGAGAAAGAUAUAUAGGUCUGGGGCCUGAAGUAGACGGGGUGCAUGGGGAUGAGAGCACUAAUGGUUGUACGCAUGCAUAUUCACUUCUCAUAUGUCACUAUCAA